AUGUGCGCCACUAAGAUGGUUACUAUGAGGACGCCAACAGAAGAACACUUUCACAAAUCGGGUGAGCUGGACGAUCCAAGGGAAAGAUCCCCACGGAAUUCUAGAGCUUUUCAUUCAUACCAGACAGAGCAUCAUCUUCUCUCGCGACAGACCCACACUCAUGUGCGCAAUCCAUCUCUUCCUACUCUCUUAAAUGUUGAUUCUUCGCAUUCUAGUGCUGCCGAGACAUCUCCACUGACACAGGAACCCAUGCAAGAUCCGAGUGGCCACCACCUCAUAACACCUCCAUCUUCUUCAACAAGGGUCCAAUUUAAGACUCCGAUAUGGAAGAGCGGCUCCAGCGAACACAGUGAAUUCGAACUUUCUUCUGCCUUCAGGCACGAUAGCACGAGUUCGACCCGCCGUCAAAGUUCCAUUGAAUCGUUAAUGCGUGCCGCUGCUACGGUUGAAAGUGACACUGAUCUGAACAAGACUUAUCAGGACAAAGUGGCCACUAUAUUAGAAUUAAAAAAUGAAAUAUCAAACACUAUAAGAAACUGGCCAAUCGCCAAGGAUACCUCAUCACAGGAGCUCUACAGCGCUCAGAAAUCUUCCGACAGUGGUACCGGUGGAUCUAGUGAUAAGAUCCUCCUAGAUCAAAUAUCCUGCGAGAACCUGGCGUCGCUGAAUGAGGUUACCCAACGCUUGAACAACGCAGUUAAGGAAUUGGUGUAUCUCAAAGAGCAUGUUCGUUAUCUCAAAGAGUCAGCCGCCGCCAUUUCUCGGGCUAGACCAGUAUCUGACUCGGGAAAGAGAGUAACGCUACCUCCAAUUGAAGCUCUCACAAUGAAUCUCCCGAAGAAAGCUUCAUCGAAAAAUUUCCAGUUUAAGAAUGAGGCGGCAAAAACUUCAGUUGUGCCACCUGCUCUUGAGCAGCAAAAACGUUCAAGUAGUUUCCAUGAUCCUCGGAAAUCUCACGAGCGGCUCAGUGCGUCCAGGAUUUCAGGUAGCGCAACCUGGCCGCCCUCAUAUAUUGGCGCAAAUCAUAGACCAACCCUAUCUGAUCCAUCAGCUUAUCGAAACAUGGGCAAAGCUGAUGGCUCGGCGCAGGAAAUGCAGUACUCGAAGCCGAUUACUGUGCCAGUUCCACCAGGCACUAGACCAAUAAUACUCAAUGCCCAAAGCAGUUUGCAAACGUCAGUUAAGAUGAAAAAUAAAAUUGUUAAGAAGAGGAAGAAGUCUUCAUCAGAGAAGUCGUCUCCGGAUUAUCAUCGUUCUUUAACGCAUGGAUUACUGCUUAGCGAGCCCAUUAGAAAAGAUGAGCAAUCGACGACCUCCUGCGUUCAUUGUGGAGAAAACAGUACACCAGAGUGGAGACGAGGUCCAUACGGAAACAGGACAUUGUGUAAUGCCUGUGGACUCUUUUAUCGCAAAUUGAUAAAGAAAUUUGGAGUCAAAGAUGCUAACCUCUUGAUGCGAUUCAAAAAGCAAGUCAAUCCUGAGGAUCGUCGUGUUCCUUCGGUGCUAAAUGUUCCGGCAGCUUUCAUUUCGAAUCUGGACAAUGACAGCACUCUGGACGCCGAGUACAAUACUAUUGGCAGUAUUUCAGGUCCUAGCUCAUCUGGCGCAUAG